AUGGCAGCCCUCAACGGCGCCGUGGAGAACGGGCAGCCCGACAAGAAAGUGCCUCCGCUGCCGCGGCCCCUGCGCAGCCUGGAGGUGAAAUACACCAAGAUAUUUAUUAACAAUGAAUGGCACGAGUCUACAAGUGGAAAGAAGUUCCCCACCUACAACCCUUCAACUCUGGAGAAAAUCUGUGACAUUGAGGAAGGAGAUAAGCCUGAUGUGGAUAAUGCAGUGGAGGCAGCGAGGGCAGCGUUCCAGAGGGGCUCUCCAUGGAGACAGAUGGAUGCCCCAAGCAGAGGACGACUCCUGCACAAGCUGGCUGAUCUCCUGGAGAGGGACAGAGUCAUCCUGGCAACUCUGGAAACAAUGGACACAGGAAAACCUUUCCUGCAGGCUUAUUUCAUUGACCUGGAAGGCUGCAUCAAAACCCUGCGGUACUAUGCUGGAUGGGCUGAUAAAAUUCAGGGCAGAACUAUUCCAGUGGAUGAGAAUUUUGUCUGUUUUACCCGGCACGAGCCCAUGGGUGUCUGUGGAGCCAUAACCCCAUGGAACUUCCCCCUGCUGAUGCUGGUUUGGAAGAUGGCACCAGCUCUGUGCUGUGGGAACACCCUGGUCGUUAAGCCAGCUGAACAAACUCCGCUCACGGCGCUCUACAUUGGCUCUCUGAUCAAGGAGGUGGGUUUCCCUCCAGGUGUGGUGAACAUUGUGCCAGGCUAUGGCCCCACAGCUGGAGCUGCAAUUUCUACCCAUGACAGCAUUGAUAAAAUUGCUUUUACUGGAUCAACCAAGGUUGGAAAACUGAUCAAAGAAGCUGCUUCUAAGAGCAACCUGAAAAGGGUGACGUUGGAGCUGGGAGGGAAGAACCCCUGCAUUGUGUGUGCAGAUGCAGACUUGGACUUGGCAGUGGAAUGUGCCCACCAAGGCGUGUUCUUCAACCAGGGGCAGUGCUGCACGGCCGCCUCCCGCGUCUUCGUGGAGGAGCAGAUCUACCCCGAGUUCGUCAAGCGCAGCGUGGAGUUUGCCAAGAAGAGACUGGUUGGAGACCCCUUUGAUGCCAGAACUGAACAAGGGCCCCAGAUUGACCAAAAACAGUUUGAUAAAAUCCUGGAGCUGAUAGAAAGUGGGAAGAAAGAAGGGGCUAAGCUGGAGUGUGGAGGUCUUGCCAUCGAAGACAGGGGCCUGUUUAUAAAACCUACAGUGUUUUCAGAGGUCACUGACAACAUGAGAAUUGCCAAAGAGGAGAUUUUUGGGCCAGUUCAGCCAAUUAUGAAGUUCAAGAGUAUAGAAGAAGUGAUAAGAAGAGCCAACAGCACUGAGUACGGACUCACAGCUGCAGUGUUCACCAAGAACCUGGACAGAGCUUUAACCCUGGCUUCAGCUCUGCAGUCAGGAACAGUCUGGAUCAACUGUUACAAUGCGCUCUAUGCUCAAGCUCCUUUUGGUGGCUUUAAAAUGUCAGGCAAUGGCAGAGAACUUGGGGAGUAUGCUUUGGCAGAAUACACCGAGGUGAAAACAGUCACCAUCAAACUGUCCCAGAAGAGUCCAUGAGAGCAGGAGGCCUGAAA